CUUUUCUUUGGGAAUAAGGCGGCCAUUACCGCCAUGACGGUUGUGUCGUCGCCAUUGCUUUGGUGUUAAAAAACCCGAAUUGGUUUCAUUAUUUAUCCGGCCGUAUCAUGGAGCAGGAGGGCCAUCCGACCCACCCGCCUUACGAUCGGCCUUCUUCAGAAUCCUCUGAUGGAUUUGCCAUGUCCUAUCGGAGUGAAGGGGAAUCGACUAAGGAAAAUGACAAAAUGAUGUCUACACCUACUUCAAGGCCUGAGCCACCUCCAAGAGAGGAACCAAUCCUUGAACCCAUAAAUGGGAUUGUACAGCCUCCUGUUGUCCCUCCACCUAAUCGUCCUGGAAGAUGCACCAAUCAGCUCCAGUACAUCCAGAAGUUUGUCAUGAAAGCUGUGUGGAAACACUCGUUUGCUUGGCCCUUUCACCAACCUGUUGAUGCCAAGAAACUUGGCUUACCUGACUAUUUCAAAAUCAUAAAAUACCCAAUGGACUUGGGGACAGUGAAAAAACGACUGGAAAAUAACUAUUACUGGAGUGCCAAAGAGUGCAUUCAAGAUUUUAACACAAUGUUCACCAACUGUUAUGUGUAUAAUAAGCCUGGGGAAGAUGUGGUUUUGAUGGCUCAAACCCUGGAAAAGCUUUUCCUGACCAAGGUAGCUCAGAUGCCCAAGGAUGAGAUUGAAAUUGAAUCAACACCAGGCAAAAGUAGUAAAUUAAAAAAGGCACCUAUUAGAGGAAGACCACCUGGCUCCACCAAAAUCAUUUUGCCAGGAGUAAACCAGAUAGCUGCAGGUAUAACUAUGAACAAUACCAUGGCUGGUGGGCCUUCAUUGAUUGGGCCCCCAUCUUUACCAGUUCCUUCCUCGGCCCCAUCAGUCGGAGGGUCGUACUUUCCUGGUCCUGAAAUGCCUUUGCCUCCAAUCGCGACGACAUUGAGCAACAAUAGUAGCAGCAGCUCAACAACGUCCACUGUCCCAUCAAUGCCAUCACAUCCACCUCCUAUGCGCAGUUUACCCGCCCCAACGCUACCACCUGUACAGACCCCCUUACCUACUCCAAAUCCGACUCCGGCGAUGCCCGUCCGAGGUCCGGUUAACCCAGUCCAUCCGCCGUCUGCGCAUCCCAGCGCGCCUUUGGGCGCUGGAGUGUUCCCUUCCAAUCAGGGACCAUCAGCCCCAGGUUUGGUUGACAGCGGACAGUUGAGCAUGCACGAUUCCUCAUUACAUGGAGCUGGUGUGCUGGGCAAUCAUAAUCCAAGCAAAGUAAAGAAAGGUGUGAAGCGAAAGGCAGAUACGACAACUCCCACGUCUAAUACGCCCUACGAUUCACCCGGUGGUAUGGUGUUGCAUAGCGCUGGCAAAGUUGCCAAGAUCUCUUCGCGGCGCGAGUCUGGACGACAAAUCAAGAAAGUGGUCAAAGACUUGCCCGACACGUUGCCGCAACACAGCUCGAAGCCGCGAGACAAACUGCGUGAAUCAACAAAAGCCUGCAACGAGAUUCUGAAAGAACUAUUUUCAAAGAAACAUUCUGGCUAUGCAUGGCCUUUCUACAAACCAGUUGAUGCUGGAUUGCUUGGGCUUCACGAUUAUCAUGACAUUAUCAAGAAACCAAUGGAUUUAGGAACGGUCAAGGCCAAAAUGGACGGAAGGGAAUACCGAUCAGCGGCCGAAUUCGCCAGUGAUGUCCGAAUGAUUUUCACCAAUUGUUAUAAAUACAACCCGCCAGACCACGACGUUGUAGCUAUGGCUAGAAAGCUCCAAGAUGUUUUCGAGAUGCGCUACGCCAAGAUUCCCGAUGAUGGACCUGAUGUGGAAGGAGAGUCCAUUGGAGGUGAUGACAAGUCAUCAGGAUCUGAUUUAGAAUCGGGCUCGGAGUCUGACUCAGACGGAUCCGACAGCGAUGACAGCGCACACGAUGAAAGAGAUCGCAAGCUUAUGCAAUUCCAAGAGCAGCUCCGAAUCAUGCAAGAACAGUUGCGAUCAUUAAUGGAGGACAGUGCCAGACGACGAAGAAAGAGGGAAAAGACCAAGAAGGAUCUCAAACGAGAUGUCAAGGACAAAGCGGGACCGCCGACAGCCUCUAUGGCUGAAAGCAACACCAUGGCAACACCAAUGUCCGGACCGCCGACUUCCAUGGCAUCACAGGUUCCCAUGGCGCCGAUGAAUGACAUGAAAUCCCUGCCACCCAUGCCCAUGCCAGGUAUGCCUGGUAUUGUCGACUCAAAGUUGGUAUCAACAGGGAAACAAAUGAAACCGUCCAAGGUGAGUGCUAAUGCCGGUAGUCAACCCAAGAAACCGAGGUCUUCAACGUCCAAGUCGGCUGCUUCGGCACCGCCUGGUAAGAAAAAACCUGUUCCACCACCUACAGGUGCAUUCGACUCGGAAGACGAAGACAAUGCCAAGCCAAUGUCAUAUGACGAGAAGCGACAGCUCAGCUUGGAUAUCAACAAGCUUCCAGGGGACAAGCUUGGUCGCGUCGUUCACAUCAUCCAAUCUAGAGAACCCUCGUUAAGGGACUCGAACCCUGACGAGAUUGAAAUCGACUUUGAAACACUCAAACCCUCAACACUCAGAGAGCUUGAAUCAUACGUUGCUUCGUGUUUGCGCAAGAAGCCUCGAAAACCAUACUACAAAAAGCAAGCUGGCAAGACGAAAGACGAAGCCAUGCGAGAGAAAGAACGGGAGCUAAAUGAGAGAUUGCAAGACGUGACUGGAAAACUGGGAUCAGCCAAGAAGGUCCAUCGCAAAGAAGAGGCUAAAGGAGCCGUCGAUGGUGCUAGUAGUGGAGCUGCAGGAGCUGGGGCUGCUUCUCGUUUGUCUUCGUCUUCGAGCAGCUCCGAUUCCGACAGUAGCAGCUCGAGUUCCAGUUCCAGUUCUUCCGAUUCAUCGGAUUCGGAAGCAGAAACAAAUGCACAGCAGCAGCAACAGCAGCAGCGCAAGGCCAAGCGGAAGGAGUCCGAAGGCGAGGUGGUGGACGUAAUGAGCGUGACGCCUCGCCGAAGCUGGCCAACAAACGAAGGUGCUCACAAUCAGGGUGGUAGCGAUAGUCAGCGGUCGCAUCCAUCGACCGGUAACAUUCAUCACCAGGCUCACCACCAACACGGCAAUCGUCCCGUGAAUAUGACUGCUGGCCAUACCAAUAAUUCUGCUGCUGCUCCUACUGCUAAUAACAAUUUGCCCUCACUCAUGGAGUCGUCAGCUCAAAAGUCGAACUCACAUGUUGGCCAGGCAACGCUCAAGCCACCACUACCGCCAGUGAUGACACCGCAGCAGCAACAGCAGCCAACUCAGCAGCAGCAACAGUCGCUGCCACAUCAGCAGCAGCAGCAACAAGUUCGACCUCUAGCAAAUGCCGGAUCCAACCUGCCUCCAGGUUCAAACAGCCUCUUUAGUCCACCGUCUGGCACGUCGUUGCCAUCUAUGGCUGAUAUGCAACAACAACAACACCAUCACCACCAACAGCCUAAUUUAUUCGUUAACGGACAGUCGGAGAUCAAUCAGCAACAGGGCGCUGGCUACGCUGGAGUACCCGGCUCUUCGGCUCACAACAAUAUGGUACACGUCAAAUCGGAACCGCUGAAUCAGACGGGUGGGCAGUAUGAUUUCCAGUCCCGCAUGGAUCUCCCGAUGAACGAUUUUGACCAACACCAAAAGGACAUGAUGCAAAUGCCGAGCGACAAUCUUUUCAACUCGAUGGCGCAGCCACAGCAACAAGCGAUUCACCAUUCGCAAUCGCUCGGCGAUGUCAAAUCGAUGGCCCUUGCCUCGAAUGUGUCGAGUCCGUCAGUGACGAUGCCAGUCUCUGGCGGCAAACCCAAGUCCAGCUCAGCGGCCAUGGCCCAAGUGCGCAAUGCUAGCUCGUGGUCGUCUUUGGCCGGCCCGUCUCAACAAGGUGGGCCGCCAGGGUCAUCAAAGUCGUCGAACAUUGGCGAUUCGUUCCAAAUGUUCAAACGCCAAGCUAAAGAGAAGGAAGCUCGACAGAAAGCUCUGAUUGAACAGCAAGAGAUGCGUCGCCAGCAGAAGGAACAGGCCGAACGGGAAAGAAUGCGAGCAGAAGCCGAUCGUAGACGCGAACGAGAAGAAGAAGAAACUUUGGAGAAAGCUAGACGAGUGGCCAUUGGUUUGCAAGACGAAGCACGUCCGUCACCCCCAACAAAGACGGGAUUGAGUCCAAUUCAGCAGAAUGCCGCCCCGCCACCGCAGCCGGUCGUCAACAAAACACACCACUCACACGUGUCAGCCCAACAGCAACAUCGUACUUCACCCGCCCCUACACCCCCAUCGGCCCCUUCGCCAGCAGCGGCCGUAGGUGGAGGAGUUCCUCUUCCUUCGCCGUCUCCUAAAGGACAAUCAGCGCCAAGCCCUGCUUCUUCAGCCCCGCCAAUGGGUGGCGCUUCGACAAAUGCUGAUAAAGAACGUGAGAGGCAGAGACUGAGAGAGCAAGAGCGUAGGAAGCGAGAAGCGUUGGCUGGCCAAAUUGACAUGAAUCGCCAGAGCGAUUUAAUGGCAGCGUUCGAGGAAUUGCUCUAAAUCUGGACGAGUCUUCUGCUAUAGACGGAUCGACGAGUUUAUCUUCUGAACCUUUUGUUACGUGUACUGGCCAUUCAACCAUUACAAACUUGUUGCGUUA